AUGGCGCCACGAGACGCAUCGCCCCCAAGACUACUACCUUAUGCGGAUCCCGAGGAAAUAUACCCCGAGGAUGUACGCUUGGAGGAGGAGACUUUCCCUUGGUACGAUCCGGACAAUUGGUAUCCUGUAACCAUCGGUCAGGUAUUUGAGUCGCGUUACCAAGUCUUGUUGAAGCUGGGGUUUGGUUCAGCGUCGACGUCAUGGCUAUGCCGCGAUUUGAGAGAACACGUCUAUGUCACUCUCAAAGUCUUUGCGGUCGGCAAUAGUCAAGCUGCGACCGAAGAGAAGGUGCUCCGCCAUUUAGAAUGUGUCAAAUCUGACCAUCCCGGAGUAAAAUUGGUAAGGCUUCUCAAGAACACUUUCAAGAUCGCAGGGCAAAAUGGUAGUCAUCUGUGUCUUGUUCUCGAAACUCUCGGUAUAUCCCUUGCAGACAUUCGUGAGAUGGCUGGCGGCAGGGUGCCUCCAACUCUGUUGAAAGGCUUGGUCCAAGGCGUGUUACUCGGUCUGGACUACCUGCACACUGUGGCAAACAUCAUUCACACAGAUAUUCAAGACGGGAAUAUCAUGUUAUCAAUCAAAGACACGGAUAUUCUUGAUGCUCUCGUAGAAGAUGAAUGGGAUCUGCCUAGCGCUCGAAAGAUUAUCAAAGAUCGAGUCAUUUAUGCGUCGACGGGGCUGGAAAUUCCAGACGAGCCCGGAGACCCCGUUAUUGCUGAUUUCGGCGAUGCUCGAAUAGAUGAAGGCCCCUUUGAAUUCGAACAGGAAGUUAUGCCUGAUGUCUAUCGAGCCCCCGAAAUAGUGCUGGGUGUGCCAUGGAACGAAAAGAUCGAUAUCUGGGCGCUAGGAUUGUUGAUAUGGGACUUGCUUGAGGGUAAAUUACUUUUCAAGACUAGACUACGCGAUCCAACGGCAUCAAGGGCAGCCCACUUUGCCAGGAUGAUCUCUCUGCUCGGCCCCCCGCCGGAAGACCUCUUAGAGCGCGGUUCGGCUUGGAAAACUCUAUUCGAUGAAGACGGGCGACUCAUACUCGACGUCGAAGUUUCAGAAACCUCCCUUGAAGAGGAAGAGGGGAUGUUGGAAGGUGACGAAAAGGCGGGAUUUCUGGCAUUCCUGCGGAAGAUGUUGCAGUGGAGAUCGGAGGACAGGCUCACAGCGCGGGAUCUAAUGGAAGACCCUUGGCUACGUGGAACUGCAGCGUGA